AUGAGGAAGCUAUGUGUUAUCAUUUCCUUCUUGCUCCUUAAGCUUUCUCUCACAUUGUGCAGUUUUACAAAUACAAGCUGCUUUUGGAGAAUAAAGGACAAUGAGGAUGAUAAUGGAGAUUUUUGGAAAGACUGUGAUUUUUGUCUUUUCGUACUUCAGGAACCAGAAGAGGAAGAUUUUUAUAAGAAAAAACUUGAUUUUAGAAUAACGGAUCAGAAAUAUGAGUUUAUUCUUGUACUGCUUUUUGCUACUGAUGAGAUCAACAGAAACCCUUACCUUUUACCCAACGUGUCUUUGAUAUUUUUUUUUGCUACUGCCAUGUGUUUUAAUGCAUUAAAUACUUUAGAUUUAAUAAUUUCAAAAAACAACAGUCGUCAACUUCUUCUUAAUUAUUUGUGCGGAGAGCCUACAUGUCUUGUAGGCCUUACAGGACCAUCGUGGACUACAUCUACAAAACUGGCAAACUUUUACGAUGAACCAAAGAUUUUCUUUGGACCAUUUCAUCCUAUCCUGAAUGACAAAGUCCAGUUUCCUUAUGUCUACCAGAUAGCACACAAUGAUACAUGUUUGCCCAAUGCCAUGGUGUCUCUGAUGCUUUAUUUUACAUGGACCUGGAUAGGGCUGGUCAUCUCCGAUGAUGACCAGGGAACUCAGUUUCUCUCAGACUUGAGAGAAGAGAUGCAAAGUAAUGGACUCUGUCUAGCUUUUGCAAAUGUCAUCCCAGAUAGCAUGCAGUUAUACUUGACAAGGGCUGUCCUAUAUGAUAAACAAAUUGUGGCAUCAUCAGCAAAGGUUGUUAUCAUUUAUGGUGAAAUGAACUCUACCCUGGAAACCAGCUUCAGACGAUGGGUAUAUUUAGGUCUAGAAAGAAUCUGGAUCACCACCUCACAAUGGGAUGUCAUUACAAGGAAAAGAGAUUUCAGCCUUGAUACCUUCCAUGGGACUGUCACUUUUUCACAAAACAAUGGCAUGAUUUCCAACUUUAAAAAUUUUGUGCAAACAAUGAACACUUCCAAAUAUCCAGCAGACAUUUCUCAGAUGAGAAAGAAGUGGAAUUAUUUUAAUUGUUCAGUUUUUGAUAUAAACUAUAGCACAAUGAAUCAUUAUUCAUCCAAUAUUUCUUUGGAAUGGUUAUCACAGCAUGAAUUUGACAUGGCCCUAAGUGAAGAAGGUUACAAUUUAUACAAUGCUGUGUAUGCUGUGGCUCAUACCUACCAUGAAAGUAUGCUUCAACAAAUAGAGUCUCAUCAGCUAAAGGGAGUAUUAAUCGAUGACUAUGAGCAGGUGGAUUCUUUGUUGAAGAAUGUUGCAUUUACUAACCCUGUUGGGGAACUGGUGAAUAUGAAUCUGAGAAAAAAACACUGUGCAGAGUAUGACAUUUUCAGCAUGAAUUGUCCACAAGGCUUUGGAUUAAAGGUGAAAAUAGGAGGCUAUUCCCCUUAUUUGACACAGAGCCAACAACUACACAUAUCUGAAGACUUAGAUUUGGCUAUGGGAUCAACACCGGUGUAUAUGGAACAGUGUGUGAGCUGUCCAGAUGACCAGUAUGCCAAUGCAGAGCAUACAUACUGCCUGCAGAGGCAGGUCUCCUUUCUGGAUUAUGAAGACCCAUUGGGCAUGGCUCUGGCUUGCAUGUCCUUGUGUUUCUCUGUACUCACAGCUCUCGUACUUGGUGCUUUUGUGAAGUACAAGGACACUCCCAUUGUGAAAGCCAAUAACCGCAUUCUCAGCUAUAUCCUACUGAUCUCCAUCACCUUCUGUUUCCUCUGCUCAUUGUGUUUUAUUGGGCGCCCCAACAUGGGCUCCUGCAUCCUGCAGCAGACCACAUUUGGAGUCUGUUUUACAGUGGCUCUUUCUACUGUCUUGGCCAAGACAAUUACUGUGGUCCUGGCCUUCAAGAUCACUACUCCAGGAAGAAGGAUGAAAUGGAUGCUGGUGUCAGGAGCACCUAACUUUGUCAUUCCCAUCUGUACCCUUGUGCAACUUAUUAUCUAUGGAAUCUGGCUGGUAACAUCACCUCCAUAUGUUGAUACGGAUACACACUCUGAACAUGGGCAGAUCAUCAUUGUGUGCAACAAAGGCUCAGUCAUUGCAUUCCACCUUGUCCUGGGAUACUUGGGCUCUUUGGCUCUGGGGAGCUUCACUCUGGCUUUCUUGGCCAGGAAUCUGCCUGACAGAUUCAAUGAAGCCAAAUUUCUGACCUUCAGCAUGCUGGUGUUCUGCAGUGUGUGGAUCACCUUCCUCCCUGUCUACCACAGCACUAAGGGGAAGGUCAUCGUGGCUGUGGAGGUCUUCUCCAUCUUGGCUUCCAGUGCAGGGUUGUUAGGGUGCAUCUUUGUGCCAAAGUGUUAUGUUAUUUUGAUAAGACAAGAUUCUAAUUUUCUUCAAAGGUACCGUAAUAAACCACUGUAUUGA